UUUUAUCAAACUCAUGCAAUAAUGUUUUUCAUUAAAGUUUUUGUUAUCUUAACUGUAACUGUUUUACAUGGGAAUGUCAUAGCUAAUGAUACUGACAGUGACACUGACACCAUCAGUGACACUGAGGAUGGUUUAGCUAAUGGCACAGAUUUAAAAAAUGAUUUUAACGCGACACUGUUGGACUUGGCAUCUGCAUCUGGUAAUGGUUUAUUCAGAUUCGGUGAUAGUUAUUAUGAUUUUCACACAGAUCCAGAAUUAUGGGACGAUGCAAGGAAAAUUUGUGACGCCGAAGGAGGUUAUUUAGCAAUACUUAAUUCAGAAUUAGAGGCAUCCAUUUUAGCUGCUGUAUUUAACACACAUCCAUCUUCAAGUCUAGCUGGUUAUAUUCUUGAUAAAGACGUUGCUUUUGUCGGAUUCACUGAUUAUUAUAAGGUUUCUGAGUAUGUGACAAUUCACGGUCAAAAUAUAGAAAAAGUGGGGUAUAAUAAAUGGAGGCAAGGCGAACCUGAUGGUCCUGGAGUUCAAAGGUGUGGAGUUGUAGACCGUAAUGGAUUUAUAUGUAAUGCUUACUGUACUUAUCCUUUAGCCUUUAUCUGCGAAAUACCAGUGUAGUACCUAAUGCUAGUGGUUUUGCUGUAAAUAUCGCAUGGAAGUGAAGUACGGCCUUCAUUUGAAACCAAU